AUGUAUGCUCUAUCUCUAGCCGCUGUAACUAUACCUCUACCUCCAAACCUACUAUUCCUUGACCACCUUGCGACGUCUAACCUUGCACAACCCGCCUAUGCCCCAGUUGGCACGGCGAUCGUAAUGGCACGCGAUAAACCGUCUGAACAUGAACCCGAAAGUGAUCCAUAUUGUGAAAUCCAUGAUUGCGACUUUGGUUCUGGGCUCGACAAGCAGGUCGGUAACGGGGCCGUUCCCAACACACUGGCCCGUGCCAACCCAGUAGCGGUCAAUGGUGAUUCGAAAGUGUGGGUUGAAGGCGGCAUCUCGUCAGAAUCUUUCCAAAUCAACAUUCUAAAACCAUGUCAUCACAAGCCCCCAGAGCCUCUUUAG